UACAUCAAAGAAAAAAAAAGCCAAUUUUUCAUUCCAUGAAAAAAAAGAGAGUUUUUGACUAAUAGAAAGACUUUAUAAGUCACAAGUGGUAGAAUUUUGAAAAUGAGAUAUCAUUUUUUCUUGUAGAAAAUGGCAUUGACUAAGUCUUUUGCACCCUAUUUUAUACAUAUAUAACCAUAAAUCUUGUUUAUUGAACUUCAAACAAAUUAGUAUAUGCUAUUCUCAUUCAAAUUUUAAGCAAUUCUUGAAUCCAAAAUUAGAGCCAUGACACAAGAUAAUCUUCACAUUUUAGACCCUUUUCUUGAAACAAAAAUUGUUAACAAUCAAAACAACAAAUUAUCAACAACACUUCAACCAUACAAUGAACAAAAACAUGAUGAUAUAGAGUUUCAAACUUAUGAAAAUAUCACAAAUGACAACUUUCCUUGUUCUCCACCUUUAUGGAUGGCUCAAAGGGCAUUAAAGGAUAACAUAACUCAAGCAUCUGCUCCAUGUUAUGACUAUUUUGGCCAUCCUUUUCCCGGAUCAAGAUUACAGGUGAUCAAGAGUGGUAGGAGGAACCUUAUGGAGAUGAUUCAAGACUUGCCUGAGUCAUCUUUUGAAGUGUCAUUGAAAGAUAUUGUUGAUGAUCAAGAAAGGAUAAAAGGGUGCCAACAGGCUACAACAGUAGAAGAGAAGAAUCAAAAGGCUAGAAUGCCACAACAGAGAAAAACUUUGAAAAGGAGUCAAAUAUCAAGAAGUGAAAGCAUGGAUAGUGGGGUUUUCUUACUGAAAAUGUUCCUCCCUACUUCUAUAGGUAGCAAGAAGAAACUAAAAACAAGGAACUACUCAAAAGUUUCAUCGAAAACAUCGGUUGAUGAAUCAGAGAAAUCUGUGAACAAGGACUGGUGGAAGAUUAUGUAUGUAGUUAUAAAAGAGAAUAAGUAUAGCAGAAGUAUCAAGAAAAGCAUGAGUGCCAAUAGCAGCAGCAAAAACAGGCUGGUUGAAAGCAACUGCACAGAGAGGAAACAAAGAGGAUGCUUCUUUUAGUUAAGCAGAAGAAUAAAGAACAAAUAGAAGAAUGAAUUUAGAACAAUAAAGGUAAAAAUAUGUGAGGUUUCUGCAUGUAACACUCCAGCACAAGUUCACUUUGGUCUUGUAAAAAAGUUAACAGCUAUUGCAGUAAUGUUUCAUCAACAAUUUGAUUAUUUUUGUACUGACCAUCAUCAAUAAUCUAUCAGAACUCUUCUCCAUCAUUACGAA